AUGGGGUUCAAAAAGCAAAACAGAAUAGUUUUGUGGUGUUUUGCUAUUGUUUUCCAAUUUUUAUUGCUUGUCAAUGGUUCAAAGGUGCAACAUUCUAGGAAUAAUCUAUCCAAAGAGAGUCGAAAACUGCAACAAGUUUCUCCUCCGGUCACAAUGACGAUCAUAAAUGGCUAUGUGGUAAUUGAUAAUGGCAUUCUGCAACUUUCUCUAACAAAUCCCACUGGAGCAAUUGUUGGAAUAAAAUAUAACGGGAUCGAUAAUCUCCUAGAACCCUUGGAAGAAACUCAGAGGGGAUACUGGGAUACUGUGUGGAACGGUCGUUUUGACACGCUAUUUGCGUCAAGUUUUAGUGUAAUAGCACAAGAUGAUAACAAAGUUGAAGUUUCUUUCACAAAAACAUAUAAUCCUUUGGAUGCUGGGAGUGCUCCUCUAAAUGUUGACAAAAGGUAUAUAGUGCUGCGUGGGAGUUCUGGAUUUUAUUCAUAUGGAAUAAUUGAACACUUGAAAGGAUGGCCUGAUGUUAUGUUGGAUGAACUUAGAAUUGCUUUCAAGCUCAGCAAGUCACUGUUCCAUUAUAUGGCAAUAUCAGACGAUAGGCAAAGGAUAAUGCCAUCAGAAGAGGAUCGCGCAAGUGGCCAAGUACUUGAUUUUAAAGAAGCUGUUAAACUCAUAAAUCCAUCCAACCCUAAACUCAAAGAUGAGGUGGAUGACAAGUACCAAUACUCGGAUGAGAUUAAAAAUAUUAAAGUACAUGGAUGGAUAAGUGAUACUCCACAUAUGGGAUUUUGGGUAAUUUCCCCAAGUUAUGAAUAUUGCAAUGGUGGUCCUAUGAAGCAAGAUCUUACCUCUCACGUUGGUCCAACAUCUAUGGCAGUAUUUUUCAGUAGUCAUUAUGCAGCACCACUAUUGGGAGUUUCACUAACAAAUGGAGAGGCAUGGAGAAAGGUUUUUGGCCCUGUAUUUUUCUAUGUUAACUCAGAUUCUGGCAUUGAUCAUACCGUACUUUGGGAAGAUGCCAAAAGACAGAUGAAUGAAGAAACUACAAAAUGGCCAUAUGAUUUUCCAGCAUCAAUAGACUAUCCCCAUGCAAAUGAAAGGGGCUCAGUUAGUGGUCAAUUAGUGGUCCAUGACGGGUACAUAAACAGAGAUCCUUUUCCUGCAAAAAAUGCAUAUAUUGGACUUGCUAAUCCUGGAGUUGUAGGAUCUUGGCAAAGUGAGACCAAGGGUUAUCAAUUUUGGACUCAAACUGAUGAUUCUGGUUAUUUCAUGAUAAGUAAUGUUAGACCUGGAAUUUAUGGUGUAUAUUCUUGGGUUCCUGGAAUUAUUGGAGAUUACAUGUUCUCCUCUUAUAUAUCCAUUACACCAGGAAAUAACAUAGAUUUAGGUCAAAUAGUUUUUGAAGCUCCAAGAAAUGGUCCAACUCUAUGGGAAAUUGGCUUCCCUGAUAGAACAGCUGCUGAAUUCUUUAUACCUGAUCCAUUGCCUGGUCUUCAGAAUUAUUUGUACAUUAACACUACUGUACAUAAGUUUAGACAAUAUGGUUUAUGGAAUCGUUACGCGGAUUUGUAUCCUAAUGGAGAUUUAGUAUACAAAAUUGGCGUUAGUGAUUAUCGAAAAGAUUGGUUCUUUGCCCAUGUAACCAGGAGAAAUUUGGACAAUACUUAUGGACCAACAACAUGGCAAAUUUCAUUUGAUCUCACAAAUGUGGAUCCUAAUGGCAUUUACUAUCUUCGUAUAGCUUUGGCUUCUGCAUCCUAUGGCCAUUUGCAAGUGUGGAUAAACACUCCCUCAAAACCAAGGCCAUGGUUUGAUACUUUACAAAUUGGGCAAAGUAAUGCAAUAGCCAGACAUGGAAUUCAUGGCUUGUACAUGACCUUUGAUAUUCAAAUUCCAGGGACUAUACUUCAAAUUGGUGAAAAUAUAAUAUAUUUGAAGCAAGCUUCAGCUAAUGGUCCUUUUAAUGGACUAAUGUAUGACUAUAUUCGUCUUGAAGGUCCUCCACAAUAA